UUCGCCCUGUUCGCACCCCGAUCGGUCCGUUUCAGUCAGUUUUCGAAUACGCAAGCUCCGAAAUCUUCUUGCCGGAGGAAAAAGGCAGGAUUUUUGUUUUUUAAGAGCAAAGUGGAUGUGAUGGGUCGAUACUUGCUCCUCACUGUGGUGUCGUGUGUCGUCCUGGCCACCCCAGGCCUAAGCCGCUAUGAAGACAGGAGGAGGCCGAGGACAGAGCAUUCUACCAGUGAAGGUGAACUGAACGUCUGCAACCUUCUUUCUGAACAGCAGAUCAACAUGUUUUGUUACUGUGAGAAUCAAGACAUGGCAGGUAACGCGACGAGCGCCAACUGCUGGCUGUUCAACACCGGCGAGCCGGAGAACUCCAGCGUCUGGACGGCGUUUAAGUCUCAAAGGUCACUUACCAAGCUCACAUUCCACAUCCGGGCUGUGAGCAGUCUGCCGUACGUCCCGACCCGCGCGUUCAAACACUUGCCGAAGCUGAAAGCCAUCGAAAUAGUCUACGCCAACAUCGAAACUGUCGAGCCGUUCGCCUUCGCCAAUUUGACCCUUCUCCAGGAUCUCGCUCUUAUCAGGAACAAAAUCGUCAAUCUCAAAAAGUUCAGCAUAUCAUUCUUACCCGAUCUCAAAGUGAUUACAUUAGGGGAGAACAGGAUAAGCGAGUUGAACCGAGAGGUCUUCGUGUCGUUGCCAUCACUAAGAAAACUUUACAUUGAUCGUAAUAACCUCAGCUUGAUACACGAAGGAGCUUUCGCGUCGCUUUAUUCUCUAGAAGAACUGGAACUCCACGGCAACCAGCUCACUGUCGUCACGAGAGACACUUUCCGCGGAUUGACCCGGCUUCGUCGGUUGGACCUCAGCUUAAACAUGCUCACUUACAUCGCAGAAGGUACCUUCGGAGAAAUGACAGCCCUUGAAGAACUUCUGCUCGAAAGGAACUCGAUCGAAGCUCUAGACCCGGGUGCACUAAUAGACCUUCAGUUUCUUGGCAAAGUUUACUUGGCCCGAAACAACCUGAGGACCCUGCCACCUGGAUUAUUCGAAGACACGACCUCUCUCAGAUUUCUCAACGUGCGCAACAAUUCCCUCCACACUCUUAACUUCCAGGUCUUCGCCCCUAUCAUGCACAACUUGGUCAACCAGACAGCCUAUCUGAUAAUUGAAGGUAACCCGAUGAUAUGCGAUUGCCGUUUGGAAUGGCUGCAUACUCUAUAUAACAACACGGCCUCGACCCAGAUCAAGUCGUCCAUCGAAGAGCUGACCUGCCAGGAGAGCGACUUGUCGAACAGCGCCAUAGACGAGCCACAGCAGAUGCUGCCGAUACAGCGGUCCGUGGUCUCAGACGAACCUUUCAACCACUUUCUUUCCCUGCCGAAGGAGACUCUCCCGUGUCCGCAGGAGCUGAAGGCGACUGGACUUCCGGCCGUCCAGCUGGCGACAAAACCUCUCAACUCCGGCAGUUCAACGUCCUCGGCUUCCAUCCUCGUCCUCUUCGCCUUCCUGGCCUUCUUCGUCCCUUAGAACGUCGGGACUCUCACGAGAGAAACCAAGGCGAAACCGUUUUAGCGCAGGGAAACGACGAUUAACGCGGUAUUAAUGCUGCUCAAUUAAAUUAAUUAAUCAUUUGAAAUCUUGUGAUAUGUUGAAAAGUUGUAAAUAAUUUUGGACGAUGCGCUAAAACAUCCUGUCUCAACUAGUCACACUUCCGCUCGUUUUAAUUACCGGUCGAACUGUCGCAGGAAAUGCAGCCAUCAAUCUCAAACAUAUUAUAUCUGAUUUGAAAAUCAAUCAUAAAAAAUCUAUAGUUUUUGUAAACAUUAAUCACUAAAUCUAGACACAUUUUUUCUGACCAUAAUUCAAUAAUCGAAGGUCCCGUCAAGCAAACUAUGACCGUCUUCGCUAAAACAGUCUUUCGUUUAAAAAAUAAUUAUUAUUAUUAUUAUAACCCUGUCAGUAUAUUUUCUAUAAGCAUCGUAUUUAUUUUCCUACUGUUCAACUGUAAAAUUUCAUUGCUAUCUUAAAUUGUAAAAAUUCGAGUAAAAAGAGCUUUGUUAAUAAACAAUCCGUAGAUA